AUGCACAAAUUCGUUUGUCAUGAUUUUUGCUACAAUUUAAUCUAUAGCGACCCCUCUUACUUGCAGUCUCUCAAAAUUUCGUGUAUAAAUAUAUCGGAUAUCGAAAAGCAAAUCAUUACAUCCAACACAGCUGUAACUUCAAUAGGAAGUUAUUAUUAUAUCGAUACCCUAGCAAACUUUUUGAAAAUGUUCAAGUUUUUCGUGAUAGUUGCAUCUGUUGUGGCCUUCUCCUCUGCUGGAGUGGUCAAACAGGGUCAAGAACACGUAGUCCUUGAACCGCACUCGGAGGGCAGCUUCAGCUUCAGCAGCUUCGAAGGCGGCUUCGACGGUAAGGGCGGCUUUCACGGUGGCUUCGAGGGCAACUACGAAGGCAAGGGCGGCAAUGGGGCGGAGCUGUCGAGCUUGGCCCAUACUUCAGCUGCGCAAGCAAAGAACGCGGUUAGGAGCCAGCACACAGCGGGCACUCAGGCUGCUUUUGGCGUCAAGAGCAGUCUGGCUAGUGCUGCCCUUGGGGCUGCCCAUGCCGCUCAAGCAGCUCUCGUGGGCAGACAAGCUCUAGUAGGCAACCUCAAGAGGCAGCUGCAAGACGCCCAGGCGCAGCUGCAGGUCGAAAUAGCGCAGUUUCAACAAACUCAAGCCGCCGCCCAAGCCGCUGAGGAGUCCUCUCACCAGGCCCAAGCGCAGGUGAACACGCUCUCGGCCGCCCUAGCAGCUGCCCAGGGCGGCGCUCAACACGCCUCGCAGGCAGCUGCGGAGGCCGCCCAUGCUGCUGCAGCUCAACACUCCAUGGUGGUGGAGGCGAAGCAGAGGCUGAACCAGAUCGUCGCGCAGCUCCAGGGGUCGCUGGGCGAGCUACACGAGACCGAGGCUGCUGCGCAGAAGGCCGCGCAGUCCGCCCAUCUGGCGCAGUCGAACGCAGCUGCAGCUGGCGCGGCCGCUGUGGCUGCUGGGUCAAAGGGCGGGUACUCGAGCUAUGGGCAUGGACGUAAUCACUACUGA